AUCGUUGAAAUAUGAACUUAGACAUUUGUGUGGCUGACGGCCACAACAAUGCAAUCACUGUUGUCAACUGUGCCGGUGAACUCAGGUUUCGGUACACGGGAAUUUUUAAUCCUAUCGGCAUCGCUACAGACAGCCAGGGGCGGAUCCUGGCAGUUGAAACCCCUGAGAAUCGUAUCCACAUCCUAGAUCAGGACGGACAGUUUCUCCGCUACAUCGACAACUGUGGCUUAGUGGCUCCGUGGGGUUUAAGUGUGGACAAUGACGAUAAACUCAUAGUGUUGAGGAGAGAUAAACUCAUAGUGUUAAGGAGAGACAGUGGUAAUGUGAAGAAGAUUCAAUACUGUCAGUGAAUAAGUUUAUUUGUUUUAAGCACUGUGUGUUCUCUACAGUCGCUGGUACAUUACAGAAUUUCUUAGUAAAAUACAUUUUUUUGACAAACCAUUAUAAGCUUCUUAUUUCUUCUAUGUAUAUGAUAUAUAUUGAUUGCAUUCACUUAAGUGUUCCAUCUAAUGUUGCUGCUGCUUGAUAAAAAAUAUUUGAUAAAACAAAACGAGAAAAGACAUGUGGACUUAAUAAUAUUUUGAAAGUUUUAUUCGUUGUAAAAACCUUCUUUAAACAUUACAAUUAGUAGUAUUGUGUUAUUUAAAAUUCAUCACAUAUCAUUAUAUCUGGUAAUGCUUAUUUUUGCAAUUGUACUUUCAAAAAUUUCUUUUACAUUUGUUUAAACUUUUAAUGAAAUUUAUUUUGAAAUAAUGUCCACAUAUAACAUUGAAUAUCACCACAAUAAAAAAAAAUGUAAGACAUAUAGUUAAAUUGAAUUUAUAACCAAAGUUAUACAAUUCAAUUGAAUAAAUCUUUUGAAAUAAACUUUUAACUCAAACAAAAAUGAAGACCCUCUCUCUCUCUCUCUCUCUCUCUCUCUCUCUCUCUCUCAUUUUCUUUUAGUCCACAGGUGCGGCAUUCGAUGCAAUUAACACAAUUUUGAACAAUAAUGUAUUUGAUUAAAUGUAUGUAUGAAUACUACGUACAUUUAUCUAAGUGCAAAAAUAUGACAAUACUAGCAUCACAAUAAAUGACUGAAAGAAAGCUAUUUUACUUGUAUGAACCUAUUUAUCAUUCAUUAAGAAAUAUAACCAUAGCAUGUUCUUAAAACACAUAUAUUUUGUUAUAUAAAUAAUACUUUAUGGAUGUGUUAAGGGCAUACAUUGAAUAAGAAUCUUUUGUUUUGAUAUUCUUGUACUCCAUGCACAUGUACAGUUGGACUUCGGCAAUUUAGAUUUAAGAAAAAGGUGUUUAUUUUCUUCUAUGGAUUGACGAUUUAAAAAAUAUAAUGAAUCAUUCAAAGGGGCAUGGUCACGAUUUUGGUCAAAAAUGAUUUCUCCAAUUUUGAUGUUUACAAUGCUUCGGUAAGGCAUAUUUAAUAUGCAACCAAAUUUGAAUGUCACUUGUUGAGUUAUAAGCGAGUUACAGAGCUUACAAUUCUUUGCUAUGUAAACAAAGCCUUUGUUUACAUUUUGAAUGUUGAAGUGAAAAUUACAGUUUUAGACCAAAACUAAUGUAUUAAACGUUAGGAACUGUUUUUAUGCUUGAAAUGAAUAAGAAGAUAGACAAAUCGGUUUGAAAAAGAUUUUGACUGGUAUAUUUAACAUAUGUAAACAAAAACAGGGCACGAGCCUUGUUUACAUUACAAAGAGUUGUAAGUCCUGUGUCUUACUUAUAACUCUACGAUUGACUCUCAAAAUUCAUUUUAUCAUUAGAAUUGCAUUCCUAAAGCAUUGUAAAUAAUAAAAACAGAAAAAUAAAAUUUGACCAAAAUCGUGACCAUGUCCCUUUAAUGAAUAUGAA